ACGAUUAUAAAACAAAGGGUAAAGUAAUAAUAGAGCCACUUGACAAAAUUGAAAAACGCGUCUCCGAGAGGAAAAUUUAGAGAAAAGCUUCUCGCGAUCGCAUCGGGCUCGUAGAUCGAUCUCCUCCUCCAUCCAAUCUUCCGUUUUCGUAUUCACCGUCCGGUAAGACCUUCCGGUACUUGUGAAUCGGAGAAGAGGAAGGAGAAAAAUUAUCGCGUUCCUGGAAAUUGAAUUUCUAGGGUUUCGUUUUUUUCUGAAUUAUUCUGAUUCUGAUUUCGUCAAGGGUGUUUUUCUUAAUUGGUUGAUUGAUCGUCUUUCUAGUUCAAUUGUUGAAAAGUAAUUGAACAUCUAUUGAAAUCUGCUUCUCGUGAUUUGAUUCUGGGUUUCGUUGAUUGGUUUUUUUCGAGGGGUUUGUUUGUUUUAUCCUUUUUUAUUUCUAUAAGAUCAAUUUCUCAUUGAGAAGAAUACGAUGGCAGCAGGGGGUGUUGAUGUUUCCAGAAGUUCCGUUGCUGUCAAAAAAGACUACGACUUUUACAGGAAUGGUUCUCGUGAUGUGUAUGUUCGACAGAGUGGUAGAGAUGACGAGAGGCGUCAAAUCAAAAGGCCUAGUGACCAUGAUCUCAGGAGGAAUGAUGGGCGUCACCGAUCACGGUUGGCAUAUGAGAAAGGGGAACUACGGGAGGAAGCAGAGGUUCAGAGACCCUCUGAGAAAAGGAGGAAGUUUUCACCCAUCGUGUGGAAUGCAGAAAAAGUGGGUAGAGCUCCAUCUAGGGAGAAGACCAAGUCUCCUUUCCCUGUUCCGACUACAACUGUGAUAUCCAAUCAGGCUGUUGCUGGUAAGACUACUUCAAACGAUCAAGUGAAUGCCUUGAUGUCGCCAGAACCUAGUUAUCUUGCUCCAGUGCAGCCUUCAGAAGCCCUGCUGGCUGUGAAACAUCCUGUUGAUGAUUUGGAGGAGGGUCAGUUGGAGGAAGAACAGGUGAUGCAGGAGGAUGUAAAGGAGGGUCUGUUGGAGGAAGAACAAGUGAUGCAGGAACCAAAUAUAAAGACAUCUAGGUGGGGGACAGGUUUGACUUCCCCAAAGGAGGAGUUAAUAUCUGUUAACGUUUCCAAGACUAAUAGAUGGAACAGGAGCAGUUUGACACCGGAGUGCGAGGAAGUAAUGGUGUCUGAAGAACAGCAGUGCUAUUCGUCUGGAUCUGGCAGUGGACAUCUCAGCGUAGAGAAGCUUAGUGCAGAUGGAAAUUCUGGUCGUGAGUAUUAUAGUUCUGAUCAUGAUGAGUUAGAACAUGAAGAUCAAGAUUCUUUAACUCCGGGAGAGAUGAACAUGAUGUUUGGGAGCAGGUCUGUGAAUGAAUUUCAGAAGCUAAACAAGAUAAAUGAAGGAACAUAUGGAAUUGUUUACAAAGCAAGGGAUGAGAAAACAAAAGAGAUUGUUGCGCUCAAAAAGAUCAAGAUGAAGGAAGAUAGGUUCGAAGAAGAGUAUGGAUUCCCUUUGACAUCAUUGAGGGAAAUUAACAUACUUUUGUCAUGCAAUCACCCUGCGAUUGUGAACGUGAAGGAGGUUGUGGUUGGAGGGAAAAACGAUAAUGAUGUUUAUAUGGUCAUGGAACACUUAGAACACGACCUGAGGGGAGUAAUGGAUAGAAGGAAGGAACCUUUUAGCACUAGCGAAGUCAAGUGCUUGAUGAUGCAGCUGUUGGAUGGUUUGAAAUACCUCCACACAAAUUGGAUUAUCCACAGGGAUCUGAAGCCAUCUAAUCUUCUGAUGAACAAUUGUGGGGAGUUAAAAAUAUGUGAUUUUGGGAUGGCGCGCCAGUAUGGGAGCCCUAUCAAGCCUUACACCCAGAUGGUUAUUACCCAGUGGUACAGGCCACCUGAACUUCUUCUAGGAGCAAAAGAGUACUCUACAGCAGUUGAUAUGUGGUCAGUGGGUUGCAUUAUGGCUGAACUGUUGUCUCAAAAGCCUUUGUUCCCGGGUAAGAGUGAGCUUGACCAACUUCAGAAGAUCUUUGCGGUCCUUGGAACACCAAACGAAGCAAUAUGGCCUGGGUUCUCAUCAUUUCCGAAUGCUAAAGCCAAGUUUCCUACACAGCCUUACAAUAUGUUACGUAAGAAGUUUCCAGCUAUUUCAUUUGUAGGUGGUCAAAUUCUUUCUGAACGUGGAUUUGAUUUGCUGAACAGUCUACUAACUUUGGACCCUGAGAAACGUCUAACAGUGGAAGAUGCUCUCAACCAUGGUUGGUUCCAUGAAGUCCCGUUACCAAAAUCCAAAGAUUUCAUGCCGACAUAUCCUCCAAAGCGGUAACUGAGAAAAAACGUGCUAUCAUUUGGACGAGAGGAUGUCAACAAAUACACAGGGAAGUCGACUGGUCGUAUUUUGGUAUUUUCCUUUUUACUCAAAAGACUUGCUUUCAUCUAUUCUUAACUCAGUUGCGUUGCUUUGUUGCCUGGAGAUUCAGGGCAUUCUAGUGUACCAUUUAUUCGGAUUCAUGUGUAAAUAUGAGUGGUCCGUAAAACUGAAAGGUGUGUUUCUCUCUUUUCGUUAGGACCCUAAUGUUAUUGCUAUCAAGAGUUGUACACACUAUUGACUCACAUGCUUUAAUGGAAGAGAUCUCAGUAUUCACUUUCUCUCUCUAGUAAUUGGGUUGGGAUGGUUAUUGUUUAUGUCCUCAUAUUUCUUCUGUGCAUUGUUUUUAUUCACGAGGUAAACGCAAAGAGUUUAUCACAAACGUGAGAAUGGAAGUUGACAUCAGUAAGUUUAUUUUGAUUACUUAUUUACCACGCUCUGUUAUCAAUGUUGGUUUGUUGUUCGACGUCCCUUUGUCUUUGAGGUGCUCGUAUUUGGUCUGUUGGCAGUGAGAAAAAGAUGAUUCAUGAUGAGUUUCUGUGGACAUAGGAGGUAUGGCAGUGGUUUUUUUCAUGUUAAUCCGAGAAUUAAGGGAUUUGGGAUAAAAAGCUAUAUAGAAAGAAGCUAAAAUAAGUUUGUCUUCAACACUAUAACCCUUUGUCCUCCUUUCUUUUUAACUUCUGUAAACAGCUAAGCUAAAUCAAGUUCAUUUCAAUAACGAAUAAACUAGAAUCAGCAUUACCUUUGACGAGGCCAUAAACAGAAAGGAUAUUACACAACACACAACAGUGAUCAAUAUGAGGAAAAGCUUCUUUUGCGAGAUGAUCUGCAUCGUUUCGGUCCUUAGUCUUUUGCUCCCAGCUCCUUACCAUAUGUCAUUGUGCAGCUUCAGCUGUCUAUUACCAUUUAACAAUCGGUAAUGUUUCAACAAUCACUUUUGUAAAUUCCCUUUCCCAUAUUCCAAACUCCUGUAGAAUCAAAUCUCAUAUUGUAGUUGGAAUUUUUCAAAACGAGGUUUCUAAAUUAGUUUUCUCUAUAUCAGAUAACCAACAAUGAUAUUUUGUUCGAACCUUUGGUCGAUUAAAGAGAACAGAUAAUGAUU